AAUCAUCGCAUAUUCAUCCUCAUUUUUCUAAGUAUCACAUAUUCACCUUUUUUUUCUUCUUUACAUUCUUGAUCUAUCUUUCUUUACAAUGUCUCAAGAAAGCUUUCUCUCCGACGCCACAACAACCACCGCAACCACCUCCACCUCCGCCCACAAACCAUCUCAAUCCUCCAUAACAGACUACUCCCACAAAAUCCAGUCCGCCCUUCAAUCCCUUUCUCCCAUAAUCACACUCUCUCCCUCCAUUCUUUCCUCUCAGGACCCGCCAUUUUCACUCCUCCAUCACCCUCAUGUCUCCUCUCAAAUCUCCACCCUCCUCCGCCAUCCCGACUCCGGAGCUGGCGACAACCACCUUUGCAGGUGGUUUUACGACACAUUCCAAUCCGGCUCGCCUCAACUCCAACUGGUAGUCCUGCGGUUUCUCCCCAUUAUAGCCGGCUUAUACCUAUCUCGCAUUCCGUUACGUAAACCGUUAGCCGGGUUUGAGGCGGUUUUGUUAGCACUUUACGCGCACGAAACCACAUCAAGAAACGGGCAAGCAAUAACCGUGAACAUACCUGAUUUAUCAAACUCGAGCGUUUAUCACGAAACGAAGGAGAUAUCAAAGAACAACUCGACUGAUUUCAAUCUGGCUGUGAUAUCUCCAAGUUUGGAGCCUCAUGGGACAGUAAGAUCAACACGAAGAGCACGAAUCGUCGGGGUUACGCUAGAAUUAUAUUUCAGCAAGAUAUCGGCUAUGCCCGUAGAUUCCAAGGUUGAUUUCUGUGAGUUUUGCAAGUUAUGGUGUGGCGAAAUGUAUAAGGAGUUCGACGGAAAAGAGAAGGCCGACGAGGAGGGAAGGAUUCCGCUUCCGUGGGAAUUAUUGCAGCCAAUUUUGAGGAUAUUGAGCCAUUGUUUAUUGGGCGCUCAUCGGAAAGAGAAGAAUUUGGUGGAAUCGGCUGGUAAAGCUUGUGCAAGUUUAUAUGGAAGGUGUUUGCGUGAUAUUGAUGCUAAAGCGAUUUUGGCUACCGGGAGUCUUCUUAGGCUAAGUAAGAUGGACCAUGUGAAUCCAAAUAUUGAAAAUGAAAUUGAUUGCACUGAGGUAACAAUUACUAGUGUUAUAUCUCUAUAACUAUAUAUUAUUAUUGUAAUUUUGUUUUCUAAUUGUUUGUGUUUUUCUUUAUCAACGAAUGGUUCGUUUAAGUGC